AUGUCAUUCUAUGUUUCCAAUAAUAAUAUCAUUCAUACAGAUAAUAUAGAUCAAAGUCUAACCAAACUACCUUCACUGUCAACCAUAACUUCUGAUCCUAAAAGAAGAAAAUUAAAUCAUCCUAUACCUAUCCAUUUUAAAAUGAACUCAAAUUAUCCAUCAACCACUAUAAUAAAUAAUACCAUUAUUAAUAAUAAAACCGGUACUAUUACUCCUGUAUUUAAUGAAGAACAAGAUGUGGUUAUGAUUGAAGAUUCCAAAUCUGAUUCUAAAGAUUGUCCAUGUGGUUAUUUACAUGGUCCAGGUCAAGGUCAUGAUCAUGAUAUUAAUGCUGUUGGUUUUUCAAGUUAUCCUUUAUUAAAAGGACCUGAAUAA